AUGGAAAAUGACACCUCAGUGAAUAAAUUCAUUUUACUGGGCUUUGCUAAUGAUCCAGGUGUUAAACUCCUUCUCUUUGUUGUGUUCCUUUUCAUUUAUAUUGCAACUGUCUUUGGCAAUAUUACCAUUCUGGUCAUCAUUACCGUGGAUACUGCCCUUCAUACACCUAUGUACUUCUUUCUCAGGAACUUGUCUUUCCUGGAGAUCUGCUACACUUCGGUCACUAUCCCCAAGUUGCUUCAGAACAUACUUGCUGUGGACAAAACCAUCUCACUGAUUGCAUGUGCCACUCAAAUGUAUUUCUUUCUCUUUUUCGGUGCCACCGAAUGUUGUCUCCUAGCUUUCAUGGCAUAUGAUCGUUACAUAGCAAUAUGCAACCCACUGCGCUACCUAGUCAUCAUGAGAAAGAGUGUGUGUGUCCAGCUCACUGCUGUUUCAUGGGUCUGCGGCAGCCUGGUGGCUAUGGGCCACACCAUGUUCAUUUUUAACUUGCCCUUCUGUGAUUCCAAUGUCGUCAACCAUUUCUUCUGCGAAAUCCAGCCAGUGCUAAAGCUGGUGUGUGGGGACACGUACUGGAAUGAGAUCCAGAUUAUUGCAGCUGCUGCAUUUGUCAUCCUGAUGCCCUUCAUGCUGAUCCUCAUGUCCUAUUUCCAUAUCAUCUCUACCAUCUUAAGGAUGCAAUCAGCCAAGAGCCGGCAGAAGGCUUUCUCCACCUGCUCCUCACAUCUUGUAGUUGUGUCCUUAUUCUAUGGGGCGGCCAUUUUUAUAUACAUUCGCCCCAAAUCUAGCUACUCCCUGAAUGUGGACAAACUCCUCUCUCUCUUCUAUGCAGUAAUUACACCGAUACUGAACCCCAUUAUCUACAGUCUGAGGAAUAAAGAAGUCAAGCAAGCUCUCAGAAAAAUAGUGAUGAAGUUGAUACCUUCAAAAUAA